AUGGAUCAAUGGCUCCGACCUGUCUUUACAAGGACUCGAACUCCAGUUCAGUCAGCCUCAAGUGAUCGUUCUGAGGAUACUCACGAAACUGAAGACAAUAUGAAGUCCAUUCGACCCAGUUCUCGAGUUUCAUCAUACAUUGGUUUUCGUUCCAGUUCUACGAAUCUUCACACGCCGGAUACGUUUCCCUUUCAACAUGUUAAUAUUCCGGAAAAUGUCUAUCAUAAACCUUCUGGAAAUCAGAUGGCAGAAACGCUUAAGGUGGUUAUGAUGACGAGGAACUUAAUGGAGCCGGUGCCGGUUGAGUAUAAUACGUGUAUUUUACAUGUGUUGGAAUCGUAUAAUGAUUUGCAGGAGCAGUUGGAGGCGAAAGAUAGAGAGAUUGAGGAGAUGAAGUUGAGACAUACGAAGGAUAUUAGGGAGUUUGAAGUUAUGGCAGAACAAUGGAAAGCAAAAGAAAAAGAUUACCAAAAGGAAAUGAAGAAUCUCGAAGUUCUUCUAUCUAAAACAGAGGGUGGAAUGGAAAACGUUACGAUGGCGCGGUCAAAAAGUGUUAUCCAUGGAGCGAGAAGAGCUGCGGAUGUAUUUGAGGAUGGUAUGGAGAAGAUAAAGCAGAAUUUUGCACGUUAUAGUUCUGGAAGAGAUUCUUCUGCCACUACUAUCGAGUGGGAUAUAGACCCCUUGCAACAGACCACCUCGCCACAGUCCUUCGCAACUCCCACAAGCGCAAGCCAUCUCUCUCUCCAGGACGAAAAUAUACACCAGGAAAGAACCGUCGGAUCACGACGCAGAGAACGCCCUUCAGUUCAAGACACUGAAAGCUUCCACUCGGCAGUAGAUAAUCAACCGAGAUCUCGCUUGACGUCAGUGCAACUUGAUGCACUAGAGCGACAACAUGGUAUGGUAUUCGACUCAUCGUCGGAAUCAGAUGAUACCAGUUCGCGCUCCGUUCUCAUCGAAAGUCUUCAAGCUCCUACUCCUAAUCGCACUCCUAAGCUCCCAGGUCCAAGUACUGGAGUUCGCAUCAAUAUCAAAGAGAAGCCUCUCCCAGAUAUUCCUAUCAGCCAUCCUGAACUUGAUCCAUUACUUUUGGGUGGAACGAGUAGUGUGCAACCAUGGGUUGAUGUCAAUUCGCAAGAUGAUGGGCAAGCUUCUUCUUCUGUUGACUCCCGAAAGGGAUUCUCGUUUAAAGCCGGGGAUGAUACACCUUCUAUGUUACAUAAAACUUCCCAAGACAUCGUCAACAAGAGAAGCAACACCGUGCCAUCGAGUCGUCUCUCGUAUGUUAUGAAUAACGAAGAUGAAUUUGUAGCCUCACCUCGACUUGCGGAAGGUAGUUUCCAAAUCAGACCAAAGUCCUCCAGUACGGCAUCGAAAUCUACUUCUCCUCUGAGUACAUCGCCAGGAAAAGAACAAGGAAUUCAUACGGGUUUAAGACAACAACUGGGUCUGGGCUUGCGCAAAGGUAUUGAGAGGGGUGAUUCGACUAGUAGUGUUGUUACAGCUGUACGAGAUAAUUCAGGACGGAGUGAAGGUGGACGGCCUGCAAGAGGAAACGGGGAUGCAGGAAAGACAGGACAGGGAACUGCUGUGAUGGCUGCCAUUCGUGCGAUCGCAGCAAGUAAUAAAUCAUCAACGGCUAAUGAUAGGAUUCUAGCCCAUGAAAUUGAUAGAAGGGAAGGGGUACCGUUUAGUCCGGAGAGAAGCCCUCCAGGUUCGCAAUCGGGUGCUUAUAGGGAUUAA